CGUAUGGGGAAGUAAAAAACGGAAAACAGCGCGCUUGUUUGAAAUGGAAAAGGCGUCUCGGUAGCUAUUGACAACAGUGUGAUUCACUCAGAAAGUGUACAUUUCGUCUUGCAAUAUUUUGUAGACAGCAAUACAUACCCUAUAUGCACGGAUAAAUAUACAGUCGUCCCUUAGGAUACGUAUGCUUGCCGUCCACAAUGAUGCUGUUCAAUGCAUGGACUUUUGACAUGUAACGUUAUCGUUCAACUUAGCCAGCUGCUAACGUUAGCUCUUCCUACUUUGCUUUGUAACGUUAGCUACUCUCUCCGACUGAGAAAGUUGUCAACACCCAAGCUCUAUGAUGGCUACUAGAGACAGCAGUCGCAUCAUGCUGCUGAAGGAAGAAGUGAGGAGUUUGUCUGAGGAGUUAGUGCAAUGCCAGGCUGACAAGGAGUUUGUGUGGUCCCUAUGGAAACGCCUCCAAGUAGCCAAUCCGGACCUGACCCAGGCCGUCAGCCUAGUGGUCGAACGAGAGAAAUGGAAAGCUGAAGCCAAGGACCGCAAGGUGCUGGAGAUCCUGCAGGCCAAAGACUACAAGAUCCAGGAGCUGGACCAGAGAGUGACAGGGCAGCAGCAGGAGAUCACCAACCUGGUCCAGAGGAAGAUGGCUGUGGACGAGGACAGAGGCCUAGUGAAGAAGGAGCUGGCAGCUCUGCGCCGCAAGCUGGGGAAUAAGAGUCAAGAACUUAAGGAUGUGAAGGAGGAGAGGGGGAGGAGAGAAGAGGCCCUGGAGGAGGAGAAGGAGGCAUUAGAGUCCUGCUGCUCUGCCCUGCGAGGCGACCUGGAGCAGGCACAGAGGCAGGAGAGGAGGCACGGAGAGGAGAAGGAGGCAUUAGAGUCCUGCUGCUCUGCCCUGCGAGGCGACCUGGAGCAGGCACAGAGGCAGGAGAGGAGACACGGAGAGGAGAGAGACUCCGCGGAUGCCAAAGUCAAGGAGAUGGAGGGUGAUCUGAGCGAUGCCCAGCGGCAGGUGGCAGACCUUCAGGACCAGUGCAGCAGCCUGGCAGACCUCCUCUCCUCCAGGCAGAAGGAGGUGGCACAGAGGGACCAACACGUCACCCAACUCGGGCGUGAGCUGCAGGAGGUGCAGGCCCUGUACAGACAGAGUAGUGAACAUGCUGCAGAGCAGGCCCAGCUCAUCCAGCAGCUAGAAGGACUCAACCUGGACACACAGAGAGUCUUACGCAACCAGGAAGAGGCUCACACUGCAGACACCACCUCUUAUCAGAAGCUCUACAACGAGCUGAGCAUAUGUUACCAGGCGCUCAAAUCCAACGAGGGCCGGCUCCGCCAGAGUCACGUCGCCCUGACAACCCAGCUGGGCCAGAAGGAACAGCAGAUUGUGCAGCUCCAAGGCCAGCUACAGCAACAACAACAACAGCAGACACACAACCAGCAGCAGCUUCCACAGACCAUGGCCCCAGCCGGUCCCCCAGCCAGGCAGACCAACUCUAAACACUUUGAGGAGCAGACUCUGUAUGACUCUCCAGAUCAGGAACUCAGUGGAGAGGAGGCCCCACCCUCAACCUGUAGCCCGGUCCCACAGGAGCCCCCGGGGCCCCCAGACACAUCGCUGGCCCUCAGCCCCUCCAGGGGCCAACACACUGGGAGACGACAGAGUGCACCGGUGCAGCUGUCUAGGUCGUUGUCCCCGGCGAGCAGCGUGGAGUCAGGAAGAGGAGUGGAGAAGAGGAUUCAUGACCUGGAGGAGCUGCUCAGACUGAAGGUACAAACCUCACUGACCUCUACACUACACUCUCUCUUUGUCUCUCUCUGUCUCUCUCUGUC